AUGUGGACAGGGUGUGGUCAUGGCGUAUUGUUUACUGUGGCGCUGAUCGCCCCGUGUGCUCGGGGUAAAGACCCACACAGAAAAGUGGUAAAAAUGGGAACCUCAGAUGCCACAGGAUCACUUUCUUCUGCCAGUCCCCAUCUCCAUCAGCACCACAUCAGCUGGUCCAAGGUUGUGAGGUCAUGUGAACAUCUGGCCCCUCUACUGUGUUUUCUGAGGAUCUUCUUGGCUCUGGGGCUGAUGGGAUUGAGGAUCAUGUGA